UAGCUAAUGUUUGUUUUUACGGGCAGGCGACGAGGAGCUGCCAAAACUGGAAACAAAUCGACCGUGAGCAUGCAGCUAAAGUGCCCUGCUAUCUUAAACAAGUGCAGAAAGAAGUCAUUAUUUGACUCUGCUUCUCCCCGCUGAGCUGAGAGGCUGCUCCCCGACACCAAGCGGCCGUGCGGAAGCUACAAUGAGCGCCGAGCACCGGAGCGACGCCGAGGAGUCCCAGGACAGGCCUGACAACACCGGCAGCGUCUCAGACAAAGAUGAAGAACCUGAUAUCGAUGAGUCGGACGACGAAAAUGACCAUGCUAGGAGGGUGUCUCCUUCGCAGCCGGGAAGCAGCGGGGACCAGCCGGAGCCAGCGGGCUCUCCCGGGGCGGACAAGCCAAAAGCCCGCUGCUCGGCGGCCGCUGCGCCGCAGAGUGGGAGCGGCGGGAGCCGGGGGGAUAGUCUGUUUUCCUGGCUGCGGAGCAGGACUAUACGACGGGGUUUGUUCGUGGAUCCAGCUCGGGAUAACUUUAGGACAAUGACCAGUCUGUACUGCUCAAUGAAUCCAGCUGUGGAGUCAGUCAAUCUGAGCACCCAGACCCACGGAGCCGUGUUCAACCUGGAGUACUCCCCGGACGGGUCUGUGCUAACUGUGGCCUGUGAGCAGACCGAGGUCCUCCUGUUUGAUCCAGUUUCAUCCAGGCACAUCAGAACCCUGACAGAGGCCCAUGAAGACUGUGUCAACAACAUAAGGUUUUUAGACAAUCGUUUGUUUGCCACCUGCUCCGACGACACCACAAUUGCAUUGUGGGACCUGCGCAAGCUGAACUCAAAGGUGUGCUCGUUGCACGGCCACGCCAGCUGGGUGAAGAACAUCGAGUACGACACCAACACUCGACUCCUGGUUACAUCUGGCUUUGACGGCAACGUCAUCACGUGGGACACCAACAGAUUUACAGAAGAUGGCUGCCCGCACAAAAAGUUCUUCCACACUCGCUACCUGAUGAGGAUGCGUCUGACGCCGGACUGUUCCAAGAUGCUCAUCUCUACUUCCUCGGGGUACCUGCUCAUCCUUCAUGACCUGGACCUCACCCAGUCCCUUGAAGUGGGCAGCUACCGCAUGCUGCGUGCACGACGGACGCCCCUCAGCUCAGAUGGAGGCACCUCAGCAUCCAGAGCAUCAGCGACUGCUCGCCAGGGAAACGACUCCAGCAAGAUUCAUCCUCACAGAGAAGGCCUUUCUCCAAGGAACAGUCUGGAGGUUUUAACACCUGAAAUCCCAGGAGAGAAGGACCGGGGCAACUGCAUCACAUCCCUGCAGCUCCACCCGAAAGGCUGGGCCACGCUCAUCCGCUGCUCCAGCAACAUGGACGACCAGGAGUGGACGUGUGUGUACGAGUUCCAGGAGGGGGCGCCCACACGGCCGCUGGUCUCCCCUCGCUGCUCCCUCCGCCUCACCCACUACAUCGAGGAGGCCAACGUGGGCCGAGGUUACAUCAAAGAACUUUGCUUCAGUCCUGACGGGCGGCUCAUCUGCUCCCCCUAUGGUUACGGCGUACGCCUGCUGGCUUUCGACGAGCGCUGCGGCGAGCUGGCCGACUGCUUGCCGGUUCAAACCAGCUGCCUCCGGGAGAUCCGCUCCAUCUACUCGCACAGCGACGUGGUGCUCACCACCAAGUUCUCUCCGACGCACUGCCAGCUGGCCUCAGGCUGCCUCAGUGGGCGCGUGGCCCUUUACCAGCCCAAGUUUUAACAUCAAGUGCUGUCAAAGGACUGAGCUCUGCAGACCUGGGGAAAGAAGCUUUCAGUGUGAGGAACAAGUCUGAAAGUAAAUCAAAGAAGCAAAGAUCACAUUUUGAUAAUGACCAAAUUUCUGCUGAACUCUAACAUUGUCCUUCUAGAUUGUUCAUGCAGCGCUCCUAUCUUAUCCUUUGUGCAGAUGCAGGUAUUUAUCUAAAUCACCAUUUUCUGUGUUAAGUUCUUCUGACAAAGAUGUACUGUAGUUGAAAACAAAUGUUGACGCCCUGGCAUUUGUUUUUAAGUGCUCACUGGACCUCUUUCAGUGCACAUAUUUUAAAUAUUAAAGUGCACAGUAACCCUGUACAUUUUAUGUCAAAGUUCAUGCUCAAUAAUUCUGGUAAAAAAAAAAAAAAAAAAUCCAACAAAGUUCA